CAUUUCCCGGCUUCGACGCGGGAAGUCGUCACGUGUAGAAUGAGUUGGCACACGUGCCGGAAGUAGAUUAGUGUGGCGUGGGAUCAGGGUGCAGCAAGAGUUUUGACACUUUCCUGCAGGCCUUUCUGUGCAUAUUUCCGCUUUAACUUCAAAUUCUACUCACAGGUAGCCGUCAUGAGUCUUCAGUGGACGGCUGUGGCAACGUUUCUGUAUGCUGAGGUGUUUGCGGUACUGCUUCUGUGUGUCCCCUUCAUCUCCCCGAAACGAUGGAGCAGAUUUUUCAAGUCUAGACUGGUCACUGUCAUCACAACGUAUGGAAACACUGCCUUCAUCGUCAUCAUUUGUAUUCUUGUCUUUCUGCUCAUAGAUGCAUUUAGAGAAGUAAGAAAAUAUAGUGUGACAGAGAAAGUGGAUCUGAGCAACAACCCCGUGGCCGUUGAGCACAUGCACAUGAAGCUUUUCAGAGCGCAGAGGAACGAAUACAUCGCCGGCUUCGCUCUGCUCCUGUGUUUGCUGUUGAGACGUCUGGCAACUCUGCUGUCUCAGCAGGCUACACUGAUGGCCUCUAAUGAAGCCUUUAAAAAGCAGGCAGAGGGAGCAAAUGAUGCUGCAAAGAAGUACAUGGAGGAAAAUGAGAAACUGCAGGAGAAACUGAGGGAAGCGGGCGUAGAAGUGCCUGAAGUGGGUGGGAAGGCCAAGGGUGGCGUGGAGGAGGAGAAGAAAAAUCUGACAGAAGAGGUCAGGAAACUGAAGGAUGAACUCGACGCAACAAAAAAAGCUCUUCAGAAGUCAGACAGCGACGUGAAGGCCAUGAAGAAGCAGGCUGAGAACCUCACAGCAGAGUACGACCGUCUGCUGGAGGAACACGGCAGACUGCAGGCCAAAUGUGACGCUCAACAGGACAAGAAGUCAGACUGAAAGAAAGCCAUCAUGCACCUGCUGUCUUUCCUGCAUCCUCAUUGGCUGAUAGCGGCUCAGCUGGGCAGCGCGUCACUUCUCUGGCUGUGUAAGAACAGGGUUCCCUUCUUCAUGCAUGCGCUUUCACUUGAUUCAUUAAAGCCUCUGUAGGGUUUUCACACACUGUAACAUGUUUUCUUUCCAUUUUUGUUGUGAACAUUUGGUGUUUAAAGUGUUUCGGUUAUAAAAUAUCAGUUUAGAAUUGAAUGAGUUUUAACAUUUCUUGACGUGUCAGAGUGUUAUAUCAGAUACACUGAGCCUAAUCCAUGAAACACAAGCAGAGUGAAUUUCUGUCAUUCUUAAUCAUUCUUACUUAAAGGAAUAGUUCACCCAAAAAUGAAAAUUGGAUGAAACUGUACUCAUUAUUGGGCCAUCCAAGACUAGUUUGUUUCUUCAUCAGAACAAAUCUGAAGUAACCUUGAUAUUAAAAAUGUCACAAGAUGUUAAUUGCUGGACUGGAGCGGUGUGGAUGUUUUGAUCAGCUAUUUGGACUCUCAUUCUGACGGCACCCAUUCACUGCAGAGGAGAGAGUUGAGCAAGUGAACGGCCUGAGGGAGAGUACAUUUUCAGGAGAUUUUUAUUUUUGGGUGACCUAUUCUUUUAAAUAGCCACAUUGAAUUGAAUGCAUCAGUUUACGUAAGCGCGAUUUAAAAAAACCAAUUACAGAGAUUCAUUCAGCUUGUGAUUCAUAAAUGAGUCCCUUUGUUUAUAUGAAGGAUCAAGAAAAACUACAGGAUAUUCAAUUUUUUUUUUAAUAACCUGCUUUAAUUUUCUUGCCAUAUGGGAGAAACCUUAAAACUUUCCUUAUGAAAAUGGAGAUUUGUUCGCAGUACAGAUGCAUGUCUUGGUUAAUUUUAGAUCUUUGAUUAACAGGGUGCAUGACACUUUACACCCAGUAAGCACUUGAGAAAGAAAAUCCCUCCAGUUUCCGAUCGACAAGCCUCAUUUGUCAGUUUGCCUGUCACACGUCAUGCUACAGGAAGAUGUUUUUCUUUUAUUUUGUCUUGGGUGUGGCAUAGCCUACUUUUUUUCAGGGCUAUUGUAGAGCAGAGCGAGUAAACUGCUUCUUUCCAGUCCUGUCUGGUUUGAGGCCACCGAGUCGGUAUAAUCUGAUAUGAGCUCGGCAGGGCUGUUUAAGUGGGUAAGAAUGCUGCUUUGGCAGGAACAGUAAAGCAUCCACAGCUGAUAUUGUGUUUCAAAACACAGCGCACUGUAUCUCUUGUUCUCUAGCUAUUGAAAUGAUAUUCAUGUCGCAUUUGAGGGCCACGUGUUAGUUUUGCAUUUACCACGCAGAUAACAUUUAACAUCACUAAAGGUCACCGGGUUGAACUCCGUUAUAUUCGCUGUUACUCUUGCUGUUUUACAGUUUAAGCGCUUCUUGUCUGGCAUGUGUAAAUAAAUAUCUUUGUGAUCUCAGAGCAGUGCAACCUGAACAAGUAUCAACUGGAAUGAUAUCAUAGUCGUGCUAACAUAGGGAUCUGAGGGAAUAACGAUACGAUAGCGCCGUUUUGGGAUCCUAGGGAAAAGGGCAUGGGGAUCACUGGCACAUUGUCGGAUAAUUCAGUCAAGACCUCCUGGAGGGUUACCAUUCAUGAGAAUGUGAGGAAUGACAUCUGCUGCCAUGACUCUAGUUUACUAUUUCAUGCGCUCAACGAUUGGUUAGAUUAGUGAAAUUUUAACCAGAGCACCAGUUCAAUGAAAAUGUCAGUGUGUAUUGAAGAUGGAGAUGGCAGGAAUUCAGUUUAAUAGUUUGGCGGUCAUGUCAUAUUGUGUAAUUUUCAAACCCGUUAAUAAACAAGUGAAUUGUGUAGUACUGUUAAAGGGGCUCUUUUUUUAUAUGCGUUCCCAAAUGUAGCUGCUGCUUUCUUGUAUCAGGUUUUUACUUUUUGUUCUUGCAAAAAAAAAAAAAUGCACUGAGAUGUUGGCAGUGAUGGAAUAAACAAUACUUGGGCGUCGUGGAACAAGUUGUGAUUGCGUAGUUGUGUGAACGCACGGUUCUGAUAGUGCUGUUAUCUGCCUCAAAUGUCUUCAGCAAGGUUUUGUCUGUAUUAACGUCAGUCUGCAUUACUUCACUUCAAAAUCUGUGUGUAGUGUGUUCUGAUGAUGUGCUUUAGUUGGGAUGUUGAAAAACCAAACCAAUAAAUUCUGCUUCAUUUAUCUUGA